AUGAGCUUCAGGUCCGACAUGGUGGAGACUGGCUCCGACGCCGGGGGCCCGCCCCAUGGGCGGGCCGACCUGUCAAGCCAUGACCAUAGUAUAGCGCGCCGCAUGAACAAUUACUCAGCCGUCUCUUGGUUGACCGAGGCGUUCCUGCAGGCGCAAAACCGGUCCGCAAGGAUCGCCGCCGGCAGCCCCCGCUCCGGGGUCGGCAUCCUCGGGCUCGGGCUGUUGGAGCACCACAUCAACCUCCUCCCGACCAUGCGACACGCCGAGGCAGUCCCCAUGUUCGACCACUUGGCGGGCAGCGCCAAAUACCUUGGUUGGCGGCAAAAGGUGGCGACGUGGCCGCUGUCCCAGCAGGAGGCGAUGAACAAUCGCAGCUUUGCCGUUUGA